AUAUACCAUGAAGCCUUGCUCUCUCACGCUCAUCGCCGGUCUUCUGGCAGCGCCAGCUGCGGCGGUCGAAUACACCGUCGCCACAUGUGCUGACCUUGCGGAUGUCGACGAUACCCAGGUCACAGGCCUUACCAUCGACACCAGCACCUUCGCCUGCGACGAGUACACCCGCUUCCCUGUGCGCAACUCCAUGACGCUCAAGGCCACCGUUGCCGCGGUAGAAUUCGGGAACUUCUCGCUGAAGGUUCUUGGAGAGCUGACGGUCGAGCCCGACGUCACGUUCAACGGCGUCGUGGACCAGGUCAAGAACGGAGGUGUCCUUUCUGUGGCCGAGGGGGCGACCUCUACCUUCAUGGGCACGUCGGAGUUCAGCGACAACUCCGUUGCAGUGAAACAGCUCGGGGCGGUGUCCUGCGGGGACGGCUGCGAGAGGACUGGACGCGGCCUGAGCUACGUCGUCAAGAAGGGCGGUGCAAUCCACAACAAGGGGACGCUUACGUUCGAGGGGGACGCCACUUUCGAAAGGAACGCGGUCCACACCGAGGAUUCCGUCGAGCAAGGGAAGGCCGGGGCAAUCUCCAACACCGGCUCGGGCACCAUCUGGUUCAAGAGCAAGCUCACAAUGAAGGACAACGAGGCCGAGGGCUUCUUCGAGGGUCUUGGUGGAGCGAUAUACAACCGCGGAGAAAUCAUUGUCGACGGUGAAAGCCUUUUCUCCCUCAACACAGCCUCCGACGGAGGAGGGAUCUACCAGACACCGAUCGGCAAAAUGACGUUCAACAGCAUGGCCACUUUCUCCGAAAACAGUGCAUACGAGCUGCGCGGGGGCGGUCUGAUGAACUAUGGCGGCGUCGUCAACAUCAACGCCGGUAGCCUCUUUGAACUCAACGGGGCCAGUGGCUCCGGCGACGGCGGCCUCGGUGGAGCAAUUUACAACGGAAAUGAAGGGGCGGUCACGCUGAUGGGUUCGACAACUUUCAGGGAGAACGCGGCCUACGAGGGCGGAGCGAUCUACACCGACGAUGGCAGCGUGGCGAACGGCGAAGCCGCGUCCGUUACUACUUUCCCCGAUGACACCGUUUUCGAAGACAACAGGGCCGAUUUCUGCCCGGACGUGUUCGACGGCGACAACGACAACUGCCCAGUGGUGUAAGACGUCAACCAGCUUGUGAUGAGCGAGCGUCUAGUGAUGGGCGAGUGUCUAGUGAUGAGCGAGGGUCAUGAUGAAGAGUUGAUGAGCAACUACUAGAUUUUUUUGUGUCUGAGGGUGCUGCCGUGAGGUGAGUUUUUCCCCACCGUUCGAACGUCUAUCGCCUGCGAUACGCUUGGGUGUAUUGGUUUCCCCCAUGCUUAUAGAACGUUUCACGGCGGCACGGGGGAGGGUAUGUGUGCUGUGCGUGCCGACAUGGUGCCUGUUGUUAACCGCAAACGGUUAUUGAUACAUACGACGCCGCCAAUACGCAUGUGCAUGUCUUCCCACCACGUCGCAAGACAUGACUCAGUGAAGUGGUCUGGUGUGGGUGGGGUUUGACGAUUCUUGGUGAAGGACACGAGAGGAGAAGGCGGGGAUCUCUGGCGUAUGGACGUCACGGAUGCGGAGUGGUCGAAUGGUCUUGUUCUCACCAAUGAUGUCAUUGUAGACAGUAAUCUGAUUGUACACACCUACGGGUUAUAUAUUGAAUUGAACCAUUGGAGUAUGUUACAUUGGACCAUUUUCGUUUAUAGUAGAACAUUCUAGGACUGUCAUAUCGGUCGAAUUAACCGUCUACUACCGCG